AGUUUAUUAUUAUUGUUCUGAUUAACACGAACAGAGGAAUGCAUUUGUAAUACCUUGCAAUAGCUCUCACGGCUUGGAGGGCUUUGACAAUCGUGUUCGCCAGUAACUUGUUAUCGAGAUAACGUCGGCGCAUUGUACAACAUUUUUUAUUGUGAUACAGCUUACAGCAUCCAUUCCAGAUUCAUUCUAUAAAGUCAGCUAGUUUGAUCAUGUAUGCAGCGAUUAAUAACGGUUAUUUCAUCCGGAAGUAUUUUUAAUGGAACUUGAUGACAAUGCUUAAUUUUAUGUAAUUAAACAUUAACCAAUGUCUGAAAAAAUGCCACAGGCAACCAUGACGUUAAAGCAGUUUAUGCUUCGUCAGCAAGUUCUGAAACUGUAUCGUAGUUUCUUACGGGCUAUACGUGAUGUUCCUGAUGAAGAAAGCAGAAAAGAAUUACUAGAGUGGGCACGUUCAGAUUUUAAAAACAAUAAGCAUCACACAGAUGAGUAUGCAAUAAAGAUGCUAAUUUCUCAUGGAGAACGUCAACUCAAACAGCUGCAGCAAAAUGUUGCCUUCAGUAGAUGAUGUAAAACAAGAUGUUUAAAUUCAUUUGUACAUAAAUGUACAUAGUUAUUCAUAAUGUUAAUUAAACUUGAUUGCAUACAAUAUAAAAUAGCAUAACACACUCCAUAGGGCAAAGUCAUUUGUGAGAAGCUGAGAAUCAUGCAGCUGGCCAAGAAAUUCCCUACUUUCUACAAAAACCCAGUGUUCAUUAUUGUGAACAAAUCAUCCAGUACUGGUUGAAUCCAUUCUACACCUUUGUACCCUAUUUUAUAUAUAUCCACUUUGCUAUUAUAGUCCCUUCAGGUUUCCAUGCAUUUCUCAUGGAUGCUAUAUCACAUUCAACUCAUCAUCCUUGUCUUGAUCACCCUAGUUAUAUGGUACAAACCAGUAUCAGUAUGCAUGCCAUAUCCAUAUAGCUCAGAUAUAAGAUAAUUUUUCCAGGAACUCAUUUUCAUGUAAUAAAUGCUUAUGGUCCUUGGAGGAUGAUGCACUAAUUCUGCCUGAAGUUCUUAUAAUUAUAUCAUAAUUCUAAUUUAAUGUUUCUCUUGAAGUUUGUAUGAUAAACUGAAGAACAUAUCCAGGAGGAAAUGAAACUGGGACUGUAGAAAGCAUUCAGGAAGUAAGAGAAAACCAUAGAUUUACAAGGAUUAAAUGUGGCUUCCACCAUAUUGUUUCUUAACAUUGAUACAAAUGAAAUAGAAUUAUAACGUGUGGUCAUGCAGUUUAAAACUAUUUAUUAUUAAUUUAUUUUAAUUCAGAUUAUUCGUUGUUCUAUUACAUUAUUUUUGCCUUAAGUUUUCAUGGGCCAUGUCCAAUGUAUAUCCUGGGCUUUUGGGUUUGGCUGCAUAUGUUGAAGCUGUUCACUCUUUCUGCAUACAAUACAAAAUAGUCACUACUUUUAAAGAAUGCUUAACGUUUUCAAUAUAGCAAUUGGCCAUAUUCUGUAUGAUGGUUUCAAUUCAUGACAGAGGCAAGGACUUCUCUCUUUGCUACCACAUCCAGCAGAUUGUGUGUGAUGUCCUCCUUAGGCUCUUCUCCAGCUAGUACCAGGAGAUCUUUCCCUAGGGUAAAAUGGUUGACAUAGAGCUGACCACAGACCUCUGUUUAGUUCCAAGGAUCCAUACAUCAUCAUGAUAUGCUCAGCUGAGCACAGAGAACUUCAUGUACACUUUUCAUUGUUUUGGAAGUACUAGCCAUACAGUAGGUCUCCUGUAGGUACAUGAAAUUUUUAAUGGAUAAUAGAUUAAUUAUUGUAAUACCAAGAUGUAUUAAUUGACAGUAAAAGUAAUGCACGAAGAGUCAGCAAUGACAAAGACUAAUAUGACAUGUCCCUUAUUGUGAGUAGUUACAACUACCCACUAUAUCAGCAGAGAUAUUA